CAUUUAAACUGAGUGUGCCGUAUGAAUACAAGCUGCAUGUGUACCAACUGUUCAUUAAAAUGACCUGGCACAAAAUAGCAGUCUUCUUUUUACAACUUUCAUGGACAGUUCAGCAUGCCACAGCCAUUCACAGACAUGACAUCUAUCCAUAUGGGAUGUUUUACGGCGAUGUUACUCUGCAAGAAGGCGACGAUGAGACCUCUAAAGUGAUCACGCUCACCAAAGCCAUGUACUUCUAUGAGGCGUCCUUCAAUAACUUAUAUGUGGCCACCAAUGGAAUCAUCUCAACUCAGGAUCUUCCCAUGGAGAAGCAGUAUGUAGAUGACGGCUUCCCCACCGACUUCCCUGUCAUCGCCCCCUUCCUGGCUGACAUUGACACCAGCAAAGGAAAAGGAUCCAUCUUCUACCGGCAGACGGAGUCUCCUACCGUGCUGAAGCGGGCGGAAGCGGAUGUCAAGAGAGGCUUUCCAGAUACCACGUUCACCCCAACCCAUGCCUUUAUCGCCACCUGGGAGAAUGUGUCCGCUUAUGAGGAGGUCACCCACAGCUCUAGACCAUCCAAUCGGGUAAACACAUUCCAAGUGGUGCUUGCCUACAAUGAGAAGGAUACUUAUGCACUCUUCCUAUACCCUGAGGAUGGCCUGCAGUUUUUUGGGACACGGCCCAAGGAAUCUUACUAUGUCGAAAUUGAGCUUCCAGCUCGUGUGGGCUUCACCAGAGGAGAGCUGUCCUUCCUCUUCUUUUCCCGGACAGAGGGGCCAUACUACAGCGUCACCAGUGAUGAGCAGUCCGUCAAAAACCUUUACCAAAAAGGAAACAUAGGAGAGCGUGGAGUUUGGCUCUUCCACAUUGGAAACAGAUAUUCCUUCCAGAAUGUCGUUCCUGCACAGCAUGAGGCUGUUUUCACCAAAGCUCCCCCAGUCCUGGAUGCUGUGCUCCCUGAUGAAGACUACACAGAAACAGAUGAGGAAGAGUAUGAUCCCAUCGAUCCUGACUUCCAAGAUCCCACCACAACGGAGUUUCUUGAGCCAGAGCAAGACUCCUCAAUACUGGAGCGUCUCAACCAGGAGGUGCCCCUUGGUCAGUCUCCCCCUCAGCCCUCAGAGUCUGGUCCAGGUGAUUUUCCUCAGCCGGAUCCCCAUAAUCUUCCCCCGGAGGACGUGACCCAGCCCCAGUGGCCAUUACCAAAGCACGCAAUUCUGCAGGUGUACCCAAACCGUGUGAAGGAUGUCCCACCUUCUGGUGGUCAAGUGUUCAGUGUUGAGGAGAAAGUGGACUUUGACUCUGGAGUGAUCCAUUACUCAACCGAUAAUAAAGAGACAUGUGAGCGCUUCCAGCAGCAGUGCAGUCAGAACGCACACUGCACAGAGUAUUCCACUGGCUUCUGCUGUCACUGCAACUCAGGAUUCUACGGCAACGGCCGUCACUGCCUGCCAAACGGUGCUCCUCAUCGUGUGAAUGGAAAGGUCAGAGGGACUGUACUGGUGGGUGGCACAGCAGUGCAGCUGUACAGUAUUGACCUGCACGCCUACAUCGUGGUGGGUGACGGACGAGCGUACACUGCCAUCAGUGAGGUCCCAGAGCCAGUGGGCUGGGCCCUCAUGCCUGUGGCCCCCAUUGGAGGUCUGUUUGGUUGGCUCUUCGCCCUGGAGCUGCCAAACAGCCUUAAUGGCUUCAGUAUCACCGGUGCCGAAUUCACUCGCCGUGCCGAUGUGACCUUCUAUCCCGGUAACCAGCGUCUCAGCAUCGUCCAGACAGCUACGGGUUUGGAUACCCAGAACUACCUCAACGUGGACACUCAUUUACAAGGCAGUGUUCCCUUCAUCCCCCCUGGUGCCACGGUGCAGAUGGAGCCAUUUAAGGACACCUACCAUUAUUAUCCUUCAUUGAUUACCUCCACAUCCGUGCGUGAGUUUACAGUCGUGUCAGCUGAAAAUGGAGCAGAGACCCACACUUUCCAGGUCAAACAGAACAUCACAUACAGGGACUGCACUCACGGGCCCCGCAGCUUACUGGAGACGCUGGAACUGAGAAUGGAGCGCAUAUUUGUUAUGUACGUCAAAGAAGAGCGCAUCCUUCGAUACGCCAUCACCAACAAGAUCGGCCCUCUUGGAGCUGGAGACCCAGAGCCAGAAGAUGUAAAUCCCUGUUACUCUGGAAAUCAUGACUGUGACACAACUGCACAGUGUGUGCCGGGCGAGGGACAGCUGUUUUCGUGCCAAUGCGCCACAGGUUACAGAGGAGACGGUCGCAACUGUUAUGAUGUGGAUGAGUGUGCAGAAGGUCUGAGCUCCUGUGGUGCUCAUUCUUACUGUGUGAACCUGCCUGGAAGCCAUCGCUGUCAGUGUGAGAGCGGAUUUGAGUUUGGAUUUGACGGUCGGACAUGCCAGGAUGUGGACGAGUGUCGUGACCAGCCGUGCCACACCCAGGCCUUGUGCUCAAACAGUCCAGGAUCUUUCCAGUGCCAGUGCCAACCGGGAUACCAUGGAGAUGGUUUCCAGUGCCACCUUCACAAUGGUCGCCCCAAGACCCAGUGUGAGCAGCACAGAGACAGUCUUCGUAGCAGAGAUGGUGAUGUUCCUCUGAUAGGAGCCUUCAUCCCUCAGUGUGAUGAGGAGGGUCAGUACAGGCCGCAGCAGUGCCACGGGUCCACAGGUCACUGCUGGUGUGUGGACAGUAGAGGACAGGAGAGAGCGGGAACCAGAACUCCACCUGGAGCCCCAACAAUAAACUGUGACGAGCCAGUGCGUCCAGUGCGUCCCAAGACCCAGUGUGAGCAGCACAGAGACAGUCUUCGUAGCAGAGAUGGUGAUGUUCCUCUGAUAGGAGCCUUCAUCCCUCAGUGUGAUGAGGAGGGUCAGUACAGGCCGCAGCAGUGCCACGGGUCCACAGGUCACUGCUGGUGUGUGGACAGUAGAGGACAGGAGAGAGCGGGAACCAGAACUCCACCUGGAGCCCCAACAAUAAACUGUGACGAGCCAGUGCGUCCAGUGCGUCCCAAGACCCAGUGUGAGCAGCACAGAGACAGUCUUCGUAGCAGAGAUGGUGAUGUUCCUCUGAUAGGAGCCUUCAUCCCUCAGUGUGAUGAGGAGGGUCAGUACAGGCCGCAGCAGUGCCACGGGUCCACAGGUCACUGCUGGUGUGUGGACAGUAGAGGACAGGAGAGAGCGGGAACCAGAACUCCACCCGGAACCCCAACUCUAAACUGCGAUGAGCCUGUGCCUCCCGUCCAGCGUCCAGAGACCGUCUGUGAGCGCUGGAGAGCCAGUCUGUUGCAGCAAUAUGGAGGCCAGCCAGGUUCUCACCAUUAUCUACCUCAGUGUGACUCUGCCGGGGAGUUCAACCCAGUUCAGUGCUACGGAGACAGCAGCUACUGCUGGUGUGUGGACCAAAACGGACGGGAAGUACCAGGAACCCGCUCACACGAUGCUGUGAAACCUGCCUGUAUACCUACUGUGGCCCCUCCCACCAUGCACCCUCUGCCACGCCCAGAUGUGACCCCGCCUCCAUCAGGCACGUCCCUGCUCUAUGCCCAGGGCCAGCAGAUUGGAGUUUUGCCUCUCAAUGGCACACAGAUGGACAAGCAGAGAUCUUCAGUGCUGCUCGCUUUACAUGGCUCUAUAGUGGUUGGCAUUGAUUACGACUGCAGAGAAAGAAAGGUUUAUUGGACGGAUCUGGCUGGACGGACAAUCAAUAGAGCCAGUCUGGAGCCAGGAUCAGAACCUGAGAUUAUCAUCAACACAGCUCUGACGAGUCCAGAAGGUCUUGCUCUAGAUGUGGCCCGUAGGAGACUGUUUUGGGUAGACAGCACAUCAGAUAAGAUCGAAACAGCGAACCUUGAUGGAAGUGACAGGCGUGUUCUGUUUGACACAGACUUAGUAAAUCCCAGAGCCAUCAUCGUGGACUCCCCUACAAGAACACUCUACUGGACUGAUUGGAACCGAGAAGCUCCUAAAAUCGAGAGGUCCUCUGUGGACGGACAAAACCGAAGAGUCCUGGUACAGGAUGGGAUUGGACUGCCCAAUGCUUUGACCUACGACUCCACCACAGGCCAGGUCUGCUGGGCCGAUGCAGGAACCAAGCGCCUGGAGUGUAUAUCACCUAAUGGGACAGGGAGACGUGUGGUCCACAGUAACCUGAACUACCCCUUCAGCAUGGUCGCCUUCACCAAUCACUACUAUUACACAGACUGGAGGAGGGAUGGGGUCAUCGCUCUCAAUCGAGAUAACCAGUCAACAGAUGAGCACUUGCCUGAUCAGAGGACUCAUUUGUAUGGCAUUACAGUUGCUCCUCCACACUGUUUAUAAGGGAGACGCUAAUGACAGAGCCAGCGUUAAAUGGUGCUAUUUUGGGCGAGUGUUUGGAGAGCUUGUGCUGUGGGAAUCGCGACGGAGACGUGGACUCAGAAGAGAGCCAAUCGCAGAACCCGCAAGUCUCGACCAACGUCACCCGUCAAUGCCAAUGUGCAAAUUUACAAACAUGAAAGCGUGAAUAUUUUCUCAAAAUAGUUUUGUAAAUUUGUUUUAUACCUCAUUUUUUCUUUCUACUGUACCUUUGUAUGUGACUUUUUGUUAAAAAAAAACUAACAAAUUAAAAAAAAAAAAUACCCUCAGAGUUUAGUUGUGUAAUUUGUAUGUUUUUAAAUACUCUAAAACAGUAUUUUGGGGGAAAAAAGGGCAACAUUUUUAAGCGAAAUUGCUUGGAACACCAAAAGUGGUCUUUUACCAACCGUAAUUUUUAAUCCUUUUUUAUCUUUUGUAAGAUGUGAUAUUUAUACCAAUAAAAUGUGAUUGACAACUUUAA